AGAGGGGUGUAUAGAGAGUGAAUGAGCGACAAGUAGACAGACACUUCACUUUACACAUUUUGAUUUUCCACAUUCUCGUCAAUCACUUACACUUUGGAAAGGGUCUCAGCUACCUUAUUCUUUUAGUUCAAUCCAACCUGAAGACGACAUUUACUGGCUGGCGAUAUAUACAUUGAUUAUUGAAAUCUGUCAAAUUAUAUUUGUGUUUUAACAAGAGUGGGAUGAAAAUGAUUUGAAAUGACAUUUAUAGUAUAGUCAAUUUUUGUAUCAGUGGGAAUUAUUUCAUGUUUUUCCAUUAAAAUCAGUAUAAGUGUAGUAGUAAUAAUGAUAGUAAUGUUAUUAGACAACAAGAAAUGACCAAUUAUCGAACUGAACUACGCAUUCCUGUUGAACGAAAUAACAAGUCAGUAAUUAAUAAUGAUUAUACGAAGCAUACGAGACUAUCUGAUACAGAUUCAGUGUUGCCAUCAGACGAAACAUGGAAAUAUGAUAUCGUUAAUAAUAAUGAUAAUAAUAGAAAUAACUGGGAUACACAUAAUCGUCAUACAUUGAGUAAUGAACAAAUCUAUUAUCAACGACCAUGGAAUAAGCAUUUUCGUACAAUUUCUUCAAGUCCUUUACGAUUCACAGAGACAACAGAUCAUUUUUUUGAUGAUAUGAAACGUAGAAUAGAAGAACGUCGUAGACGAUGGAAUGAAGAAUUUAAAAUAAUGCAUAAUGAUCUACGAUCAUCUAAUCAUUUACGAAGUUCAACUGAUCUAUUUAAUGAUAAUAGAGAAGUAAUGAAUUCGUCUAGUUCACAUGAUACUUUGACAAAAACUUAUUCAUCUACUGGUUAUGAACAAUUUGAAGAUGGAAGUGUACACUUUGUAGCUAAUUUCAAUCUAUCCAAUUAUGAUCCAGAAUUAGUGAAAGUAUUUGUACACAAUGGACAAUUAGUAGUAACAGCUAAAACUGAAAGGAAUCAAUCAACAAACAGUUUGAAUAAUAAUAAUAAUAAUAAUAAAAAGGAGAAGAAUUCCACUUCAUCUCUUCGAGAAUAUUCUCGUUCAAUUAAUUUACCUUCAGGUAUAAAUGAUGAAAAAAUCUCUGCUGUUCUCUCUUUAAAUGGUAUAUUAACUGUUAGUUGUCCUAUGAAACCUCCACCUUUUUCAUCCUCUACUGAUAUACAUUCUAUUCAUUCUGAGACUUCAUUUAAUCCAUUCUUAACUCGUAAACAUUAUCAAUCAUCAAGAAAGUUAUCUCAACAAUAUCCAAGUAUAUAUGAGAUUAAAUCACCAAAAUUCAAUUAUUCUUCAACACAUUCUUUACAUUCAGAUUAUGAUAUUUUAUCACCUAAUAAUGAAAAUGAUUUUCAACAUUCUACUAUACUAAAAAUGAAACAUAAUUAUCAUCCACAAUCUACUUUCAAUUGUCAACAAUUAAAUAAACGUAGAUUUUGUUUACAACUUCCAGUGGAUACAGAUUAUUCACCAGCAGAAAUACAAAUUAAAACAUUAAAUCAUCGUAUUUAUGUGAAAGCACGUCAUGAAGAACGUACAUCAAAUCGUACUGCUGUUAGAGAAUUCUCUAAAGAAUAUGAUAUACCAGAUAAUGUAGAUCCUGAAUGUCUUACUGCUAAAUUUAGUAAUGGCAUCUUGUAUAUUGAAGAACCAAUUGUAUAAUUGAGAACAGUGAAAAUGAUUCUAAUAACCUGAAAGUAAUCAUUUCAUUGAAUUAUUAUUUUCAUCCCCUUUUUUUUUUCAUUUUGUUACUUCUAGCCAUCAAUUUCUAUAGAAAUGGUAUGAUUCUAUUGAUCUUGUAAAACAAGGUGUAAACACUUCAAGAGGUUGGUAGUAUAGUGUAUUGUAGUUUUUCUGUAGAGGAUGAUGACGUCAAAUAGAUACGAAACUUUCAUUUUCAUAUUUUUCUAUACAAUAUGCACACACACACGCACAUAUGUUAGCUCACUGUUUUUAAAAAUUUCGUCCAUUAUUUCAUUUCUAUUACUUAUUAGUUAUUUUUACGAUCAUUGAAGUAUAUGCUUACAUACUACUGACAUUGAGAUAUAAGUAGUAUUAAUGGUGACAGUGAUUGUCACAUAUGCUUCUAUUCAUCUUUGUUCAUAGUGUCCUUAUUUACUUCAUCUUUCAUCAAUGCCACACUUACCCUUAGUAAUUCCAGCUAACGUUAAAGUGGAAACAAUCGGAAAAUAAGCUGAGUUAAUCAUCCUCUUUACGGAUGAUAACAGACAGUAACAACGACGCAACAAUGAGUACUAAAUGAAACUAUUGUACAAUAAAUGAUUUGAAGGAAAACACGUUUUUAUAUGCUUCCUCGUUUGUUACUAACCAUUUUCA